UUUAAGGUCUUAAUCAUGCUCUUUGUAAGCAGUGUCUUAGCAGGAGAUGUUACUAAGCUAGCAAGGACACUUGCUUCUUCAAGUCCUUCAACAUGACGUAGCUGAGUAGAAUCCAGCUCUGAGAGAUGGUGCACUGAGAAAGGAAUUACGACCCCGAGUGAAGGGGAUUGAUGAGACUCUGGGGACUCCUCGGGUUAUUGCUCAGGUAGUAAUAGCUAUGUUUGCUCUAACUCUAACAAUAUUGAUAGUGCUGAAUCUCAGUAUAAUGGCGGCCUGAUCCUUUGACCGACGAAAUCAUCUGAUUGUGGCAAAAGGAAUAGGAAGCUCUCGUCAAGUUCGGACUCAGAGAAUAUCACAGAAAGCCUCAUUUCAAGCUCUUCUGUGUGAGUUUACAGGAUAUAUACAACUUCAAGUUUGGUGAAGAGUGUCGAAAUAGAGAUCAACGACUCAACAAGGGCCACUAUUACUAUUUUCACAGGGCCAAGAUCCAAGAACGAGUACGCCUACAAAGGAACUCUGAAGGAGGCCGAUCGGAAGAGUGUCACCGUUGAUGAGAAUAAUGAUGCUUAUAUUGUGGUUGAACCCAGUUCACUGCUUAAUAGAGUAGAUAUUGAUGUCCAGGCAAGCACGGCUUCGCUUAAGGGGAAAAGUUCAGCAGGAGUGGUUGUGGGGAUCCUGUUUGGGGUCAUUUGAGGGCUGGCGAUAGUUAUCUGAGCAGCAGUGAUAGUAAUUGGUGUUUGAAUUAAGCGCCGGAAAGAGAAAUCAGGAAAUUCUUCUGAAGGAAGUUCGGAAGAAAGCUCUGAAGAAAGUUCUGAAGACAGUCCUGAAAGUGUAUCGAAUAAAACUGAGCCAAACAUUCAGCUCUUUCAUGAAACAAAUCUACAAAUUAAUAUUGGAGGGGUUCCUCUGAAUGCAUCCUACCAAAUUCCUCAUCCCCCGCCUUUGCAGGAAGCACCGCAGUACGUGAAUCCAGGAGUUGACAAUAUGGAUCCAUACAUGGCAGAUCCUCCUCAACAGAUACAACUUGAUCCAAAUAUGCAACCACCUCCAGGAAACAUAGAAGGUCAGAAUAACAACCUUCCGAAUGCUCCUCCUAAAAAGGCUCAUAAGGGAAAAUUUGAGCUUUGUGUAAUAUUUUAAACCUUAUAGUUCACCAAUCUUGCCCA